AGUAAUUAUUAUGAGUCGCAAAUCGCCAUAUUCGCAUUUCAAUUAGCUCACCGUCCUGUCACAAAACGCUGACUGUCUACGUCGCCGCAAAUCCCACAUUCAGAACCGUAGUAAUGAACGAUCUGCGGUUUCACCAGUCGCGUGACUAAGACCAAGCCCACUCAUGGGCUCAAUCAAGCGUUUUAACGUUAAGUAGCGCCCCGAACAAAGAAGCGAACCGCACCGGUCGCUGCUAAGUAGGGCUCGAAAGCGAAAAGUUUACGUACGGUUCGUAGCAGGGCUUAGAAUAUAGAGACACGCAAAGUACGGUCUCUAUCCGUAGGCUCGUGCGCUCUCUCGCGUUUAGCUCUCUGGGUAGCGUAAAGAGGAGACGAAAGAACAUGAGUAUGGAUUUGUUGCCCGGUAUAUAUGUAGUUUCUAGAGAAUGAUUUUCUUGUUUUGUAUAGGUAGGAAUUUAUUUUAGUUUGCAUCAAAUAUUUGAAAUUUUCAACCAAUCAAUAUCAUAGAUCGUUACACGAAUAACACAACAAAUUGUCUGACAUAGAAUUGUGAUAGAGUGACAAUACAAACGCAGAAAAAUAAUAGGUUUAAAUUGACAAGCUUUGCUUAAGUAUGUUAUGAAUAAAGUUUUCGCUUUUUCGCCAAUUUUAGGAUCAUGGAUAUCGAAAAUGUAUUGAUUUUCUCUUAAAAAUAGUUACGAUUGCUCAUAAUCGCACUUUUAGUUUUUGAUUCGGCCGAUCGUUUCGAAACUAAUAUUUGAAGAAAUGUAUAGUGAUUCAGUGAGUUUUGCUGUUUUAACACGUACAUGUUUGAGCCGGGUUUUCUACGCAGCAAGUAAAGCUUAGUUUCGCACAUUUAGAAAAAUGUCCAAAUAAAUAAAUCGCGAAGUUCGUUCCGACAAUUUUCAAAAUUAUCGUCAUCCGACGCAGAUUCCGGUGAGAAGAUGUGCGUAUUUUCUAACCCGAAAAGAAACUAUUUGACGGUAAUAAGUGACCUCAAGGUUUUCUUUCUUCACUUUCCGGGCUGAGAUCCUCCGCUUUGAAAGAGCUGUGCCUCGCGUUUCGUUUUGUCGUGUAUAUUUCAAAAAGGCAAAAGAGUUUUGGUUUGAUUGCUGUUUUUGAAAAUGGUGGUCGUCAGUGGGUGGUUUAUUAAAUAUAAAUUUAAAAAUAUAAAUUAAAUAAACGAGACAUUAGGAAGAAAAUGUGCGAAAUGGGUAACUUCACCGUCCACGCAUCCUUCCUCCCCUGUAAAUUCGAGAAGUACCUUGCCGAAAUAAAAUAUUCUGUACUCCAAGUAUUUCGAAGAAUCAUCUUUGCGCAUAAAUACAACGCAGUAGAUCAAGCCGCUUUGAUGCAUGUGUCAUAUCUCUGAUAUGCUGCAAGCAUCAGUAUUGACAAGAAAAGUAACACGAUUGCUUUCCAGGGUGAUUCCGCGUAUGCAUGAGAUUAAAUAAGAGUAGUUACGAUUUUUCAAAGAAGCAUUGACUGUACCUAACUCAACUCAGAUAUCAUAGAAACACUACAGUUAUUUCUUUUUGUAAAAACUAAAUCAUACCGAUAAAAAUCUUAAAAAAUGUAGUCGAGCUGCCAGGUAUCAGUAGGUCGGCUCUAGAGGCACGUUCUCAUUCCAAAUGUAGUCGAGCUGCCAAGUUUCACCAAUUAAAAUAGGCGGUGUGCAGGACUGCCAUAUUGUAGGUUCCUCAUUAUAGAAAAAGCAAGGCGUUGGAUGUUAAAAUACAACAAUUGUUGUAUGAAGUGCCAAAAAGGAGAGUGGGCUCAUUAUGUACUUUGAUAAAUACGCAGUCUUCUUCAAGCGCAUAGAAUCUGCUUCCAACGAAAUAUUCAUAUACCAGCAUCCAAAAGAUCGCAAUGUAUAUUAAGAUUUGCGAGUGAUGCUUUGUAACUAAAAGGUUGUGACUGAGUAUAGAAUUAGCUGAUGUUAAAAUACACGUUAAUGAAAAAAGGUUGCGCAAACUUAUCGCAGACUGUUGGAAGACAGCUUCUACUAUGACCAGGAUUCAAGAAUCUUGACCUACGCGAAGUUGUAAAGGAGACAACUACGUUAUAAAUGUGUUGGAAAUGCAAGGGAUGUAAUUAUUCAAUAAACCUAACUAUUAAAAAAGAUGCUCAUAAUCUCAAAUUCAGAUAAAUUUCUUGCGAGAAAGGCAACAUGAAUAUUGAAGAGAUGGAUAUUAUUUUAGAUAAAAAUUCAACCUACAAGUCAUACAGUAAGCAACAAACAUAUAAUUUAAAAAAAAGAUUGCUUGAAUUCCGGGAUUAAAUGCAAUCAUAAAUUAUUGAGAAAAUGAUAUCUUUAAACGUACCAAAACUGGUACAAAUCUCCAAGGGAAUUAUUUAUUUGAAUUCAAUUUUUACUAACAGUUUUCAGUCUUAUCCAAAACCCCAUCUUUCAUAAUAUGAGCACAAAUCAUUAUACUGAAUUAGAUUUGCAAUAACCCCAUAGAAAUACACAAAAUAUUGCGAUGAUUUACAGAAGUGCAAAAAACCGAUGGUACGGAGAGAAUAGAGACCACCGGUGCGCAAAGGCGACCGAUCAUUAUUUUACUCACAUGGAAACGAACGACCGGUGCGAAAAUGGGUUGAUAACGAAAUUAAAAAUCGUUAACGACGUGCUGUUGCGUGUGUUGUAUUAAGCCCACGGGUGGGCUUGGUCUAAGAUGCUUCUCCGUAGUUACGCCGACGACCGUGCCAACUCACUCAGGCCAACGAGCAGCAGUAAAAAUGUGUGAUUGACAAGUCACUGACAACACCCCUCAGCAAUACCUACACUCCCACCCAGCCCUGUCAACUGUCAACCGUAAUAUUAAAUACGAUGUCGAUCGGAUUCGGACGUCAGCAAACGUCCCAAUGAUUGCUCAAAAAGUUACCACCGGAGUUUGCAUGGCACUACAUACUUUGUUUACACUUUUGGGCGUCGCACUAUGAGGCAACCAUUUACUUGCUAACCAUCAUCGAUGGCAAACAAGAAUCGUAUCGUGAACGUGAACAAAAUGAGAAAGGGGCAAGUGUACCUACUGAUAGCGCCACCACCACUCGUCUGUAGGUCACCCAAGGUGUCGAGGAUGCUAAUGAGUCAAACACAUGACGUCCAUUUGUCACCGGCUAUUUGUUUUUUUUCCUGCGUGCAUAGGAGACUAAUUGACCCCUUAACUAUCACGCCGGUCAGCUCGCCACGCAAACACCCAGGACUAGUGCCCACUACAAUAGGGAAAGGAGUUCCCAACCGGGGAAACACAACUCCCUGAUAAUCUGAGAGUAUUUUAUUCGAAACCCCUCAGGAAUUUGUGGUAGGAUUUCUCUAGAAACUCGGGCUGAAAUUCCUUUAGGAAUUUCUGCGGUUUUUUUUUCAGAAUAUUUUCCAUGACUUUAUAUAUGGACAUCAGAAAAAAUCAGAAAGUAAUCUCAAAAAAGCCUUGAAACUAUCACUGGAGAAAACCCUCGAGUUGUACCUGUAAGAAUUUCUGAAUGGAAUUUCCGGAGAAACGCUUGAAAAAUUUCUUGGAGAUGUUUCCGGAGAGCUCUCAAAUGAUGAGAUUCUUGAAAAAAAUCUGGAAUUCACCUGAAGAAAUUUCUGGACGAAUAGCUGGAAUGUAUUCAAAAAUAAAUGUCUGAAGGAGUUUAGAGAAAUUUCGGGAGGAAACCCUGGGAGAAUUCCGAAAGAAUCAUCUCUGGGUGAAUUCCUGAAGGAUUUCCUGUAGAAAUGUCUGAAAGCGCUUCUAGCAUGUAAGUUCUUGUAUGUUUUUAAAGUAAGUCACUGUCAUUGUGAAAGAAUCGCAGGACGAAUUUCUAAAGACGCUCCUUUGCAUGAGUUGAAGGGGGUAUUUCCUAGAGGAAUCUCUGGAGGAAAUCCUGGAGAAACUUGUGGAAAAAUUCCUGACGGAAUCCCUUGAGAAAUUCCUCGAGGAAUUUUUGAAAGUAUACCUGGAGAAUUCAAAUCGCUUUAUUUUAGAGACUUUCAGCCUUGGCCUGGUUCAUCUCUAUACCUGGAGAAAUCGCUAGUGGAAUUCUUGAAGAAAGCUCUGGAGAAAUUUCUGAAGGAAUAACUGGAGGAUUUUCCGGAGGAUUCCUGAAGAAAUCAUUACAGAGAUUCCUAGAGGAAUCUCAGCUUGAGUCAAGAGAAGAAUUCCUAAGGAAAUUCCAGAAGGAGUUUCUGGAAAAACUGAGGUCUGUACUUCUUCCUCAGAGAUCGCUGAAAUUUAUGAGGAAAUCUUUUGAAGAAUACGUAGAGCAACUCUUGGAGGAAUCUCUCUAGCAGUUCCUGAAGGAAUCCCUGGAGGAGCUCAUGAAGAAAUCCCAGGAGGAAUCUCGGAAGCAAUUUCAAGAGAACUUCCUAAGAAAAUCUCUAACCAGUUCCUGGAGGAAGUCUUGGAUCAAUUCCUGGAGAAGUUUCUGAAAGAAUUCCAGUAGGAAUUCCUAAAGGAAUAUCAAGCAGAGUUUUUGGAGGUUUUUUUUUUUGAAUAAUCCCUGGAUUUAAUCCUCAAGGAAUCACAGAAGGAAUUCUCAGAUGAAUCCCUGGAGGAAUUCUUUGAGGAAUUUCUGAAUAAGCCCCAUGAGCAAUCCCGGAUGCAAUCCCAUGAGGAAUUGAUUAGGAAAUCUCCGUAGAGCUUUCUUAUAGAAUUCCCGGAAGAAUUUCUGUAGGAAUCCCUGGAUAAAGAAAACUAAUAAAUUCAUGUCUGCAGUAAUUUCUGGAGCUGGACGAAUUAUUGAAGGAAUACUUGGAUGGACUCCUAAAGGAUUUUUUGCACAGAAUUUAUAAGCAAUUCCUGGAUUUCUGGUAAAAUUUUCUGAAAUAAUUUCUGGAUGACAUUUCUGUGUAAAUACUUCAGAUACAUAAAUCCAGAUGGAACCGUGUCUAGCGGAAAAAAGUACAAACUGUAAACAUGUAAACUACUAUUAUUGCUAUCUGGUUUAAUGUAGGAGCGGACCUGGUGGGAUGGUUAGAACACUAGACUAUCACGCCGAGGACCUGGGAUCGAAUCCCACUCCCGACAAACUCACACAAUGUGAGUUCUUCUUUCGGAAGGGAAGUAAAACGUGGGUCCCGAGAUGAACUAGCCUAGGACUAAAAAUCUAGUUAAUACAGAUAAAAAAAAAAUCUGGUUUAAACAGGUGGGAUCUCCAGUUAGCCUAGUGGUUAAGGCUAUGGAUCGGCAAUCCGGGGACGGCGGGUUCGAUUCCCGUUCCAAUCUACAAAAUUUUCUGGAUUCCCUGGGCAUAGUUUAUCAUUUUACUUGCCACAUAAUGUUAAAAUUCAUGCAAUGGCAGGCAAAGAAAGCCCUUCAAUUAAUAACUGUGGAAGUACUCUAAGAACACUAAGUUGAAGAGAGUCAGGCGUUAUGAACUGAACGUGUAGCCACUACGCCACACGAUAUGUCCAAAGGGAAGUAUUAUGAAAAGUGAAUGUACCUCAAAUUUUUUUCGCUUGAACCGCAUUUUUGGACCUCUAGAUUCAGAAUAUGUGUGUGGUCAUCACGUGCACUCAGUGCGCUCGCGACUGUCCACGAACGGCGCAGUUUUGUACAGCAUACCAUUGACAGUUGCAUAAAACCUCUGAAUAUCGUUCCGAUCCAUGCUUUCAUGCGGUUGAGCAGUAAUUGUAAUUAUUACAGUAUAUUCGUGUUUACUUUUUUUCUAUUUUUUUUUGGUGAUUGAAAACAGUGUAAAACUUUAGCAGUGUCAAGCUAAAUGUCUUUGUAACUACUGGCUCGACUACUCCUAGUUUUUUAGGGCCUAAAUUGUUGAUUUUUUAUUGAGUAACAUAGUAGAUUUGUUAUGCAUUCUGAGGGUUCAAUAAAUAGGGAAUUUUGGGCUAUGUAUCCUAGCUAAAAUUAGGCAAGAUCAUUGCAGGCAUUUAUUUUUUCGACACUUCAAACUUCUAAACCGGAGGAAGUAAAUCAAUCACUUUGCACCUUCGAUGGGAACCGUGAUUACCAAAUUAUUCAUCCAUAAACCUUGUACCUACCAUCCUACCAUAAAUACGUACAGCACUACACAAAAAAAGAGCGAGUAUAGAAGCGGAUGUUUGUGUAGGUCUUCUAAUUAAUUUGCAUGCGUUCACAUUGGCUAAUAUUGACCUAAAAAUAUCGGAAACCAGUUUCCCAACAGCCGCCUAUGCUUCCAGUUUAAACUGAGUAACGCAAAGGCUUGAUCAAUACGUACUAAUCGAAACUGUAUGAUGAAAUUUAAGAGACAGAGCAUAUGCUGGACUGAGGAUGUUGUAAGAUGAUUCUACAUCGGGCACAGGCAUUUCAUUCAAUAACUGCUAGUACUCUGUGAUGACGUCGGAAGUGUAUCAUAAAUCAACAAAGCAAUCGAUCCUAAUGAAAGUGCCUGUGACAAACGGUGAGUGUGAUUAAUUGAGUGUGUGUGUCACGUGCCUUUGGGGGGGACGGUCGCGCAAAGAACAAAGCGUAGAGUGACCUAAGACAACCGGCUUAAUUGAAAAGAAGAGAAAAAAAAAACCAGAAGAACAAGCACAACGCCAACGAAGAAAAAAUGGAAUGGUCAUGGCUGAGAGAUUGGUGGCGAUUGAAGCGACCUAGACGUAAACAUCGGCGCAACAGACCGGCGGCCGUAGCCGGUGAAGCCGGUGGUGAUGCUGGUGCGCCAGAUGAUCAUGGGGGCGGCGGUGGUGCGGAUGGUGAAUUAGAAUUUUCCCAUGGUCACGGGGAACACGGUGAAGGCGAUGCAGGCGGUGACCGCUGUUGUUACUAUGAUGAAGGAGAGGACGACGAGGACUACAUCUGCUACUGUGACGAAUGUAUGAAUGGAGAUCUCGAGUCGACGGAUGGCCUGGACUCGGACGAUUCGUCCACCACGUACAAACAGGUGGUGGUGGCCGUCUGUGCCAUGGCCAAAAAAUCCCAAUCGAAACCGAUGAAGGAAAUCCUGACCCGGCUGCAGGAGUUCGAGUACAUCCGCAUGAUCGUGUUCAGUGAGGAAAUCAUCCUGAAGGAACCGGUUGAGAAGUGGCCCCUGUGCGACUGCUUGAUAUCGUUCCACUCGAAGGGGUUCCCGUUGGAGAAGGCCAUCCAGUACGCCCAGCUGCGGCAGCCGUACGUGAUCAACAACUUGCACAUGCAGUUCGAUAUACAGGUAGAUCGAAGGCGCGUGUAUUCCAUUCUGGAAAAAGAGGGCAUUGAGAUUCCGCGGUAUGCGGUCUUGGACAGGGAUUCGCCAGAUCCGAAACAACACGAGCUAGUAGAAUCGGAAGAUCACGUAGAGGUGAAUGGGAUAACUUUCAACAAGCCCUUUGUGGAAAAGCCUGUAUCGGCUGAGGAUCACAAUAUCUAUAUCUACUACCCAACGUCGGCUGGAGGUGGCAGCCAACGGCUGUUCCGAAAGAUUGGUAGUCGAAGUAGCGUGUAUUCUCCGGAGUCUCGGGUGCGCAAAACUGGGUCUUUCAUCUACGAAGACUUCAUGCCGACCGAUGGAACGGAUGUGAAGGUUUACACGGUAGGGCCGGAUUAUGCCCAUGCCGAAGCGAGGAAGAGCCCAGCGCUCGAUGGGAAGGUGGAGCGGGAUAGCGAUGGCAAGGAAGUGCGCUAUCCGGUCAUCUUGAGCAACGCAGAAAAGUUGAUUUCGCGCAAGGUUUGUCUGGCAUUCAAGCAAACCGUGUGCGGAUUCGAUCUGCUGCGUGCCAAUGGGAAAUCGUUUGUCUGUGAUGUAAACGGGUUUAGUUUCGUGAAAAAUUCCAACAAGUACUACGACGACAGCGCGAAAAUACUGGGUAACAUGAUCCUGCGGGAGUUGGCGCCGACGCUGCACAUACCGUGGUCGGUUCCGUUCCAGCUGGAUGAUCCGCCGAUUGUUCCAACAACAUUCGGAAAGAUGAUGGAAUUGCGUUGCGUUACGGCCAUCAUACGACAUGGCGACCGUACACCCAAGCAGAAGAUGAAGGUCGAGGUUAGGCAUCAGAAGUUUUUCGAAAUUUUCGAAAAGUACGACGGCUACAAGUACGGACAUAUCAAGCUGAAACGGCCGAAGCAGUUGCAGGAGAUUCUGGAUAUCGCCAGGUCGCUGCUUGCCGAGAUUCAAACCAAGGCUGCCGAUUCAGAGAUCGAGGAGAAGCAGAGCAAGCUGGAACAGCUGAAGAGCGUUUUGGAAAUGUACGGUCACUUUUCCGGAAUCAAUCGCAAGGUGCAAAUGAAGUACCAGCCGAAGGGACGACCCCGCGGAUCGAGUUCUGACGAUGGUAAACACCAUUCUAUAGAUGCCCCGAAGGAACCGUCCCUGGUUCUGAUACUGAAAUGGGGUGGGGAACUUACGCCAGCGGGUCGCAUCCAGGCGGAGGAACUCGGGCGGAUCUUCCGCUGUAUGUAUCCCGGAGGGCAGAGUCGUGACGGCAAGGAAGCCCCCGGCGCGCAAGGUUUAGGUCUUCUACGGUUACAUUCCACGUUUAGGCACGAUUUGAAGAUCUACGCGUCGGACGAAGGCCGCGUCCAGAUGACGGCGGCUGCCUUUGCCAAAGGACUGCUCGCCCUGGAAGGAGAACUGACACCAAUUCUGGUGCAGAUGGUGAAGAGUGCCAACACCAAUGGGCUGCUGGACAACGACUGCGAUUCGAGUAAGUAUCAAAACAUGGCCAAGUCGCGACUCCACGAACUGAUGCAGAUCGAUCGCGAGUUUACGGUUGAGGAUCGAGCCGCGAUCAACCCGGGCAAUGCCAUCAGCAUCAAUCUGGCGAUGGACUUUGUGAAGAAUCCGGUCAAGUGUUGUGCUCACGUACACUCGUUGAUACAGUCGUUACUUGGGGUGGUCGCCGUGAAACGAGAUGAUCUCAAAACUAGAGACGCAGUGUUGUAUCAUGGGGAAACCUGGGAGCUGAUGGGCCGACGGUGGGGCAAGAUCGAGAAGGAUUUUUGUACAAAGAACAAAAAUUUCGACAUAUCCAAGAUUCCGGAUAUCUACGACUGCAUUAAGUACGAUCUGCAGCAUAAUCAGCACACGCUUCAGUUCGAUCUGGCGGAAGAACUGUACAUCUACGCCAAAUAUUUGGCGGAUAUUGUUAUCCCGCAGGAGUACGGUCUCACCGUACACGAAAAACUGACAAUCGGACAGGGUAUCUGUACGCCACUGUUGAAGAAGAUCCGCGCGGAUUUGCAACGGAACAUUGAGGAGGCAGGAGAUGAGAGCGUCAACCGACUAAAUCCUCGCUACAGCCAUGGAGUGUCCAGCCCGGGAAGACACGUCCGUACCCGGUUGUACUUCACCAGCGAGAGUCAUGUCCAUUCCCUGUUGACGGUACUACGCUACGGAGGGCUGUUGAACAUCUUGACCGACGAGCAGUGGCGCCGAGCCAUGGAGUACGUAUCCAUGGUGUCCGAACUGAACUACAUGUCGCAGAUUGUGAUAAUGCUGUACGAAGAUCCGACCAAAGAUCCGUUCUCCGAGGAACGCUUCCACGUCGAGCUGCAUUUCAGCCCCGGGGUGAACUGCUGCGUUCAGAAGAACUUGCCUCCGGGACCUGGAUUUAGGCCGCACAGCCGGAACGAUUCCGUCACGUCGAAGAAUGCGAGUGGCGAUGAGGAGAGCACCUCUCGCAUCGACGAGGAAAACGAUACCGAGGAGGAAAACUCCUAUGGUUCCAGUCAAACCUUGUCCAAGGAUGCUUCUAUUUCCGAUGGGUUCUCCAAGAGCGGUUCCGGUAGCAAGGAACACACCAAAAAGACCCGUAAAAUGAAGCCCUCGGAACCGAUUCCGAUCGGAUCGUGCCAUACCGUUUCCGGUCACGAGGCCAUGGACUUGGCCAAGAGGUUGAGCGAGGAGCUCGCCGCCCAGCAGCAGGCCGGAAACCAGCGGACGCUCAGUCCGGACGAGCCGCGGGCAGCUCGGUCCUUUGAACACGGCAAACAUAGCCGUAUAAAAGAUCAUGCACGUUACUGCCACAGCCUGCAGGCCGUUAACAAUCAAGGCAUAACGACAUCUGUCAAGUCCGAAACGGAUCCGGUAUUCGAAUCGGCUACUAAUGAGCUUCCUCUGUAUUCGAUCGACUUCUCACAAAUCCCUAAGACUCCGGAGAACAACAUUCUGGACGCUCCGAGAAUGUUCAAUACCAAUUCGGUUGCCACGAUCGGCGACGAUCGAUCACGAAUGUCGAUCGCUGCUACCAACGAGCGACCACUUUCCUGUCAGACCUUGUUCAUGCAUGAGUCCUAUUCGUGCGAUUCGAUAAGCGAGUUCACUCCGAACCUAGCCGACCAAGAGCUGUACGUCUCCUCCUUCUCCGAUACGGAUUCGGAGACGUCCCGAUACUACAGUGCCUGUCAUGACUUGGAUCCGUUUCACUAUAGAUAUCCCCUGAGCAGCCGGGCUUUGUCCUACACGUUCUCCAACGAUCCGGAGCGUGACAACCUGUUGAUGCCCUUCAACGGUUACAGUUACAAAUCAAUGCUCUACGCGUCAACGCCUCUCGUCAGCAAGAGCUUCGACGACCUAGACUACUUGACAGAUGUCGAUACGCCACGUAAUCUCGAGAACGGUUCCACUACCACCUUACUCUUCCACGUGAAGCACUUCAGCCCCAGUCCAAGGUCUCAGUCUCAAUCUUUUGCGCGUUCCGCCUCAUCCUAUCGCCCGAGAGCGAUCUUCAGUUCUGACAAUCUGACCCUGCUAAGGGUGGCCAGCGAUCCCGGCCUUCCCAUCCGCUCGUCCGUAACCCCCACCAAAGAUCAAUCUGAUUCAGGACCCACAGAAGAACCACCGACUAACACAGACACCGCACAGGACACUAUCACGUUCGUAUCCUUGACCACGCCCCCUCCCGACGAGAGUCCCUACAGUCUCUCGGCCCUGGACCGCGACUUCCAAUCCCUGCUCGAUAGGAUAUUUCCGGUUUCGACGAAUCUCGAGAAGUGUGCCCCCGUCGUCGUUGCUAGUAGUGAUAGUGACCCGGUUACCACACUGACCUUCCCCCUCACCACGACUAACCCCCCGAACAGUAGUAACCUCAGCAGUAACCUUGCACCUAACCGUAAACCUCAUUGUUCGAAACUCGUCAAAUCGUACACCACAGACAGCAGCACGAAUCCGUCCGGAGCGGGCGGUGUCGGUGCUGCCGGCGGCGGUGGUGGUCCCGGUCCGUCCUCUCAUGGGUCGUCCCAUUCGUCCAGCGGCGGCGGUGGCGGUACAGCCGUUAGGCGUCAACGACACAGCAUUGCCGGCCAGAUGAGCUACUUUAAAAUGCUAGGGGGCUUCGGGAAAAAGAUGGCUACCAGCACCAACAGCUUGUUCAGCACCGCGGUCAUCAGUGGCAGCUCGUCGGCGCCCAAUCUGCGGGACAUGAUCCCGAACACGGCGUCCCCGUCAGCAAUUGAAGGAUUCGGUGGGGUGCCUCCGAUCCGCCCGCUCGAGACCCUGCACAACGCCCUGUCGCUGCGCCAGCUGGACAACUUCCUGGAAAAGAUGACCACCGGGCCGCUGUUCAAGACGCCGGCCUCCUCGCCACCGAAGUACCCGUCGACGCCGCUGCCGACGCCCGUUCCCAGCCCGGCCACCAUUCCGGACACGGCGACCCUGGCGCAGGCGAGCUGGAGCGGCCAUUCCAGUAUGACCAGCAGCAUCAGUGCCAUGUCCAGCGGUGGCCCCUCGUCGCCCAACUACAGCGAUAUGUUUUCCCGGGGAUGCCCCAGCAGCGACAUGUCGGCCAGCAUCGCCAGCAACGAUGGAAGCAUCGCACUGGCCGCGUGUGGUGCAAACCGGGACGAGUUACCGCAAAUCUUCCCCAUUAUCGAUAACGACUUGAACGUUUUGGGAUCGCACUUCAACUACGAUCAGCUGGCGGCCAGCAUCAACUUGGAAAGCCCGGCUAGGAUUCCGUCGAUCAGCAAAGACGCUACCUUGGACAUCAGUGGAGAUUUGACUCCGAUAAGCACGUGUUCGGAUUGGGAAUUCAACACCAACGAUGCUACCAAGGGAUCGACCAAUACGAACAAUGAUCUGAUCACCGAGGAAGACGACGAAGAUGCAACGAUUUCAACGGACACGUGCUUGAGCACUGGUGAUCUGACGAUCGCCGGGGCUGGCGAUGAAACCAAUCUAAACUGCAAUCUUCAGCAUCCAUCAGCAUCGUGCACUGCUUCCGCCGCCGUCGGUGGCAAACAACUGCAAAAGGAAUUGCUGUUCGAUUUGAAAAAUGUCCGCCACGAGUUGAGCAACUUGCGAAGCGAUCUGCCGCCUCCACCGGCUUCGGCUCCACCGGUUCCUCCGGGAGGAGCAACUCCCAAGAUCGAGAAUCGAUUCCGCACCCAUCGGAUUCAGAAGCAGAUCAGUCUGUACGAGAAGGAUACCCAUACGGAAGCGAAGAACCUGAUGCACGAGGUGGAGAAAUUCGGCGAUCGAUCACUGGCUUCCUUGAAGCGUGCUACUUCCUGCAGUAGCGGUAGCAGUGAUCACCCGAGCGCUCGGAUGCACAUGUCCUUCGACGAGUUGCAGAAAGACAUUCCAAACAUAGAGAAAAAUCUUGCCAGCAAGCUGGAACUGGAGCAGGAAAAGUGCUCCAAAUCGAGGGGAGCUAUGUCAGGUGGCCGGCUGAAUAACAAUCCUCCGACGCCGGGAGCACUGGUGAUACGGGAAGGGUUCAUCGAGCCACCCCGGAUUACCAGAGUGACGAAGAGUUUUCACGGUAAAACCGAUUACCAUCAGGUGCAGGUGAAUGAUAUCGCUCGAAGGGCCAGCGAUAUUGUGCGGCCUUCGUCGUCGACUUCCACGUUGGUUGCACCCGGAAGUGGAGCAGCUCGGGUGGAGCUGGGAGGAGCUCGAGAUACCGCCGCCAACCGGUACAACAAGAAUCAAAUCCGGCAGAAUAUCAACACAAAUGCCAUUGGUGCUGCUAGAACGACGGAUGUCCCCGGUAAUGUUCCGACGGCUGCUGCUGCUGCUGCUGGAUCAGCCGCGGUUGUAGGUAGUAGUAGGUUUACGACGUUAAUUGUUCCUGAAGGGAACACCGGUAGUAGUGUGACGCAAUCCGAUAGCGGUAGUGGAUCAUCGGUGUUACCGCCCGCAAGGGAAUCGAUUAGUGGUGCUUUAGAACUUAGGGAGGAAAGUAAUUACAAUCAAUCUGAUCGAAAGAAUUAGACCAGUGAUUCGGUGUCGCAGAACAAUUGGAGUUCUUAGUGCUGUGUUGGUGAUCGUGAAGAAAGUAUUGAAGAGAUAGCUAUUUAUUCUAAAUAUAUGUUACCAAAGUUAGAAACUCAA